AUGACUUUAGUUAAACAAGUUCGCUUUGGAAAAACUGGUAUCAAAAUUUCUCCAAUAAUUAUAGGUUGCAUGUCCUUUGGUGACCCUAAAUGGCAGCCUUGGAUACUGGAGGAUGAAGAAAAAGUAUUUGAAAUUUUGAAAUAUGCCUAUGAUCAUGGUCUUAGAACGUUUGAUACAGCAGAUGUUUACUCUAAUGGUAAAAGUGAAAGAUUAUUAGGCAAGUUCUUGAAAAAAUAUAACAUUAAAAGAGAGACUGUCGUUAUUAUGACAAAAAUUCAUUUUUCAGUAGAUGAAGAUAUGAAAAUCAUACCAGGUGAUUGGUUUCCAAGCCUAGAUACUAAAGAAGGAAUUCAAUUAGCAAAUCAACAAGGCUUAUCUCGUAAACAUAUUAUUGCUGGUGUGAAAAACUCUAUAGAAAGAUUAGGCACUUACAUAGAUGUCUUACAAAUUCAUAGAUUGGAUCACGACACACCAAUGAAAGAAAUCAUGAAAACUUUGAAUUGGGUUGUUGAACAAGGUUAUGCAAGAUAUAUUGGUGCAUCCACUAUGCGCGCAACUGAAUUUGUGGAAUUGCAAAUGAUUGCUGAUAAAUAUAAUUGGUUUCAAUUUGUCAAUUUACAAACGCAAUAUAACUUAUUAUAUAGAGAAGAUGAAAGAGACUUAAUUCCAUAUGCAAAAAGACACAGUUUAGCUAUGACUCCAUGGUCACCCAAUGCACAUGGUCAACUAACAAGACCAGUUUCACAACAAACACAAACUGAAAGGGGAUCUUUUGGAAUGUCUUUCUUACCUAUGAGCGAUGCAAACAAAACAAUUAUUAGUAGAGUGGAGGAACUUUCUAAAAAAUAUAAUGUAUCAAUGGCUACUAUUUCAACUGCUUGGGUUUUAAGUAAAAAAUUCUGUCCAAUUGUAGGGAUGAAUUCUGUAAGUAGGGUUGAAGAUGCUAUUAAAGCAACCAAAAUCCAAUUAACCGAAAAUGAUAUUAAAUACCUAGAAGAGCCAUACCAACCAACCAAAUAUUUAAUAUAA